ACUCCCAGGUCUCUGGUAGAGAACCCAAGCUUGGAGGAAGAAAAAAAGAGGAAAAUAAAAAAUAUUUAAAGGGGUCAUCAGAUGCAAAGUUCACUUUUGCAUGUUGUUUGAACAUUAAUAUGUGUUGGCAGUGUAUGUACAAAUCUACCCUAUAAUGAUAAAAAUCCAUGCAGUGGUUUUUAAUUAAUCUGUAUUAAUAAUAUCCCCUUUUUCAAAUCAAGAGAAAAUGAGAUGCAUGUCAGAUCCACUUCAUGUGCAGCAGCAGCAGGUCUUAAAGUCACAGCAGCAAACAAAGAACCACAAGGUCCGUACGGACAGGUUUGAGAGGAACCAGGACUGUGCUUGGAGUUGCUCUGAGGGUCUACAGUGUAAACCCAGAGCUUAUUCUCCACUGACAGCAUUUCACUGCAGGAAUCAGCCUGUUAGUAGCGCCGUGUUCAAUAAUGUGAUGUUGACUACUGUGUUGGCGUGUGAGGGGAGGAAAUGUUCACUGCAGCUCAAAAUCGCAACAUCGGUGAAUGUCACUGGUGAUAUUCGUGGAGUUUCAGUGUGUGCCGACUCUGCCGGGAUGAUAGGACAUUGCCAGAUUUAUACUUUUGGCCAUGUUGGUAAAGGAACCGCUAAUGGAAAACAGGUUGAUGUGCGGUUUAAGUGUGUUCCUGUUAGACCUGGUCAGCUUGUGUUUGUGACUCUCAAAACGAUUCCCAACUACUGUAAGGCUGUGUGGACACAAAGACACCUUGUUCCCGAAUGCAGUCAUGAAGGUAUCAGAGACGAAAUUGCAGAGUGCAUCACUGGGAAGCUGGCGUACACUGUCGAUAAAGCCAGGAAUACAUUAACAGUGAAAGUGACUGACGCUCCUGAAGACACAGAUUACAACCUCAGGCUUUGCCACAAACGCAGUGUCAUCUGUACAGGGGAAGGGGCUCCCAGAAUGAUAAAAGCACAGCAUCUGCAGAGCAGCAUAACGCUUCCUUAUUCCAAACCAUUACCCUGUUUGUGCAUUGAGGGUUGGCCUGCCAGAGUAGAUGCACGGAGAGUUCAAGUGUGUCCCUUUAAAAACAAUUUGGAAGAACUGUGGUCUGGGAUAACCUAUGACCUCAAUAAGGAAGAGUUGAUAUGGGAGCCACUGUGUCCUGUCAAAGUGUCAGUUUCUCUGUGUCAUGCUGAAGGAGGAAAAAGCUGCCAAGACCUUGGAAAUGUUUUUCAUUCAGAGGGGCAAAAAGUGAUAUUCUCUUCCGUGGAUCCACACCCAACGCUUUGCACGAAGUUUACCACUGAAGUGGGGACAUGGAUAAAGUGUCCUUUUGCCAGAGGAAAUUUCUCAGUCUGGACAGCGAAGAUUACAUCCAAAGAUGGUCAGCAAUGGGCUGAGAUUUCAACAUGGGUCAAAUCCAGCUUCUCCGUGUCUAUCUGUGAGAUGAAACCCUCCCCUCAGUGUAAACGAAUCGAGGGAAACAAGUUUCAGAACCUUUCUGUGGACAAAAUGAAGCACACAGUUUUCAACUUGUCUAAAAGUGCGUGCGAAGCGUGUGUCUGCAUCCAGAUCCAAAGGGUAGAUGUGCGCUUUUCAGUCCCUGUACUUCAGUGCGAUUUGCAGUGUUCAAAUCAGUGCCGUGACCCGGAGAGACGUCAAUCCCAGGACAUUGAGAAGAUUUUAUUGCCUGCUGUCAUUUUUCUAACAGUGAUCCUGGCGGCUGUCUUGUUUGGUAGAAUGACAAUAAAAGAUGGGGAUAAGAAGAAAACACCAUGGACGAAACUCGCAUGUCUGAGGAUGAAUCAGUGACUCGAGGCUGCGCAGCAAGAGGAUUUAGAUUGUACUAUAGGACAGUUCUCAUUAAAGCAUGCAUGUUUUACUAAAGUUUUUUUUUUUAUUGUAAGGACUGAAACAUUAACAUAAUAGUCUGUGUCUCGUCUGAUGCACACAUAUAAGCUGUAGUAUCUGAAUAAUGCAACUAAAUACAUCUGAUUUUUUUAUGCAUAAUGCAACAGCUGCUCUUAAGUUUAUAACGUGCAAUGUAUUAACAUGCCAAAAUAAACUGUGCACACAGAAUUUUAAGCAUUUGUAUAUAAAACUUUUGUAUGUAAGUCAAUGUUUAUGUGACAUUAAAGGAUUAGUUCACUUCCAGAAUAAAAUGUUCCUGAUAAUUUACUCACCUCUGUGUCAUCUGAGAUGUUCAUGCCUUUCUUUCUUGAGUCAAAAAGAAAUUUAGGUUUUUGAGGAAAACAUUCCAGGAUUUUUCUCCAUAUAGUGGACUUCAAUGGUGGUCAACCGGUUGAAGAUCCAAAUUGCAGUUUCAAGGGCUCUACAUGAUCCCUGCCGAGGAAUAAGGGUAAUUUCAAAAAAGGUAGGGUAAGGUGAAAAACUCCAUCUCAUUUCCUCCUCCAACUUCAAAAUCAUCUGACAUAUUUAUUUAUUUUUUUUUGUAAAUGGCAUCUGCCUUUCUUUGCACGGUACUUCCGUGAUUACAUAAUAUGCGAGGCUGAGCUAGUGCAAGACCAGCAUGUGUGGUUAAAAAGUACAUACAUUUAAAUUACAGCUGUCAGUUUAAGGUGUUAGUUAAGAAGUUAUUAAAAAAUAAGGCGAUUAAAAUAUUUUAACGCAGUUAAAGCAUUGGCCCCGAUCCCAGACCUGUACACUGUAAAAAACAAUUUGUUGAAUCAACUUAAAAUAAUUUGUAACCUGGCUGCCUUAAAAUUUUAAGUUCAGUCAACUCAAAAGAAGUUUAUUCAACUUGAAAUGUUAAAUUAUAUCAAGUGACAACUGAGAUAUUUGAGUUAAAUCAACUUAAAAUUUUAAGGCAGCUGGGUUACUUACCCAUCUGUUUAGUUUAGCAAACACAAAUAUGUAAGUUGUUACUUAGUACAACUUAACAUUUCAAGUUGACUAAACUUAUUUUAGUUGAAAAUUUUAACAAAUUAACAUUUUAACUCAACAAAUUGUGUGUUUUUUAUUUUUUACAGUGUACAUCAUCUUAUAUUUCAUGUACUUGACUGUUGACAAAUAUGAUGCAGGGCCACAACUCCAUAAAUGCAGGUAUGUACUAAGAUUCAAGAUAUUGGUGCAAAAAAAAAUUAUCGACUGACUAUAAUUAUUUUUUAUUUAUUUAUUUAUUUAUUUUAAGAAAAUGACUGAUCGUUUUGCUAAAUAAGACCCUUAUUUCUUUGAAUAGGAUCGUGUAGAGCACUUUGACGCUGCAUUGAAACUGCAAUUUGGACCCGGUGAUUCGCACUGAAGUGCAUUAUAUGGAGAAAAAUCCUGGAAUGUUUUCCUUAAUUUCUUUUCAGCUGCAGACAGAAAGAUAUGAACAUCUUGGAUGACACAGGGGUAAGUAAAUUGUCAGGAAGUUUUUAUUCUGGAAGCAAUUAAACUAAUCCUUUCAUUUGUCAAAUUUGUUUUUGUUGCCUAAAGCUACUACUUUU